AUGGGGUCACACAAGCUGGGAGAAACUAGGACGACCUCGGAUUACGUGAAGGAGAUCUGCGGGCCGGAGGUGCUGCCCGAAAUAGUGCGUACAGACUGCGCCAAGUGCACUGAGACACAGCACAAGAAGAUCGGAGGUUUCUUCGGAGAGAUUUCGCGCCGCCACCCAGACCUCAUGAAGAAGCUGCUGGACAAGUACGACCCAUCUGGAGAAUACAGGAAGAAGUACGCCAAGUCCUGGGCUGAUGGGGCUGAGGUGUCGGUUGAUCGACCCCCGCUCCCUCCUACGGCAACCACAGAGCGAUACGCCGCCACUCCAGGCUACGCCAGGCCGGCAUAUAAGCCGCGCCAGCCGUCACUGCGGCACAGUCGACAACAGGUAGCUCACAGCGCCGACACCACCAGCAUGAAGUGUCACGUAGCUCUGCUCCUCUGCGCCUCAUUGGCGUUCGUCGCGGCCGCCGAGGAGAAGUACGCGGCCACGUUUGACAGCCUAGACCUGAAGGAGGUACUGUCGGAUGAAACUCGAGUCCAGGAUGCGAUGCGCUGCCUGCUGGAAGAAGGAGAUGCAGCGUGCAGACCCGCCGCGAAGGCGCUCAAAAAGGUGCUGCCCGAAAUAGUGCGUACAGACUGCGCCAAGUGCACUGAGACACAGCUCAAGAAGAUCGGAGGUUUCUUCGGAGAGAUUUCGCACCGCCACCCAGACCUCAUGAAGAAGUUGCUGGACAAGUACGACCCAUCUGGAGAAUACAGGAAGAAGUACGCCAAGUCCUGGGCUGAGCACGGCAUCCACCUCUAA